UUCUCCUCCAUAACCACAAUACACUUACCACACCUCACAAAAUAAUUUCCUUAUAUCAUCUAAUAUGCAGUUCAUAGUCAGAUCUCCCCCACUGUCUAAAAACUUGGUCUUUAUGGCUUUUUAAAAAAGAAAACAAGCCAAGAUACAAUCAAGAAUCACAUCUGCCCUUUACGCGGUCACGCUGAGCUAGCGCCCGGGCUUGGGAUCAGACCACAGCCCCCGCCGCGGCCCGCCGCCUCCUGCUGCCUCCCGCCGCCUCCGGACCAUGGACCCCCCGCAAAGUGAGCGAGCUUCGAGCCUUCGUGAAAAAGUGCAAGCAGGACCCAAGCGUUCUACACACCGAGGAAAUGCGCUUCCUGAGGGCGUGGGUGGAGAGCAUGGGGGGUAAAAUACCACCUGCUACUCAUAAAACUAAAUUGGGAGAAAAUACCAAGGAAGAAAAAACAGAUAGUAAGAAGGCGGAGGAAAACAUAAAGACAGACGAACCAUCAAGUGAGGAGAGUGAUCUAGAAAUUGGCAAUGAAGGUGUGACUGAACCAGACACUGAUGCCCCUCAAGAAAUGGGAGAUGAAAAUGCAGAGAGAACUGAGGAGAUGAUGGAUCAGGCAAAUGAUAAAAAAGUGGCUGCCAUUGAUGCCCUAAAUGAUGGUGAACUACAGAAAGCCAUUGACUUGUUCGCAGAUGCCAUCAAGCUAAAUCCUCAUUUGGCCAUUCUGUAUGCCAAGAGAGCAAGUGUCUUCAACAAAUUACAGACGCCAAAUGCUGCCAUCCGAGACUGUGACAGAGCUAUUGAAAUAAAUCCUGAUUCAGCUCAGCCAUACAAAGGGCGAGGGAAAACGCACAGACUUUGGGGCCAUUCGGAAGAAGCUGCCCAUGACCUCGCCCUUGCCCGUAAGCUGGAUUAUAAUGAAGAUGCUAGUGCAAUGCCGAACGAAGUUCAACCAAGGGCCCAGAAAACUGCUGAACAUUGGAGAAAGUAUGAGAGAAAACGUGAACAGCGAGAGAUCAAAGAAAGAACAGAAAGGGUCAAGAAGGCUCGGGAAGAACAUGAGAGCGCCCAGAGGGAGGAAGAAGGCAGACGACCAUCAGGAGCUCAGUAUGGCUCUUUUCCAGGUGGCUUUCCUGGCCGAAUGCCUGGUAAUUUUCCUGGAGGAAUGCCUGGAAUGGGAGGGGGCAUGCCUGGAAUGGCAGGAAUGCCUGGGCUCAAUGAAAUUCUUAGUGAUCCAGAGGUUCUUGCAGCCAUGCAGGAUCCAGAAGUUAUGGUGCCCUUCCAGGAUGUGGCUCAGAACCCGGCAAGUAUGUCAACAUAUCCGAGCAACCCAAAGGUUAUGAAUCUCAUCAGCAAAGUGUCGGCCAAAUUUGGAGGUCAAGCAUAAUGCCCUUCUGACAAAUAAAGCCCCUGCUGAAGAAAAAGCAGCUUAGACCACCUAAUGGAUGUCGCAAUAAUACAAACCAGUGUACCUCUGAAGAGAGCUGGGGUGCUUUGAAGAGGAACCCUACCCCUCUGCUCCAAAUGCAGCUGAAACAUUUUACAGUGGUUUGCCAUUAGGGUAUUCAUACAGAUAAUGUUUUCUUACUAGAAAUUUAAAACUUUAAAUAAUUUUUAAACCUUAAAAAUAUUUAAAACAAAUUAAAAGGGUGUGUUAAUCCCUACAUUUUUCUUUACUAAUCAUUUUGUGUUUUUCCUUUGAAUUAGUUAGGCAAGGAAGAUACUUCAGUAUGGAAGAUUUAUUGUUCAAGUUUGAGUGAAGUAAAGAUUUAUUAGUGGGAGGCAAAUGUAACAUUUAAAUAGAUAAAGUUUGAGUUGGAUAUAUGGUAGAAAAAAAAAAAAGAA